ACGUCAGCCACAGGGCGGAGCAUGUUGGGUUUGAUUGACACCAUGUUCUCGGGUUUAGUCUGCUGCGGGACCCGGACGGUCAGCUGAGUGUCUGGAGGCGACCUGGAURUUUAUAUCUGGGAUGGUCCGAGGACCACAGCGCGUGACUCACAGAAGAAUAGGAGUGCCACAGAAAAUACAGGCUUGGAGGAAAGAAGACUGUUGCUACUCCUUGUGGUUUACUAGCGGUUUUGCCGUAAGGUACUUGUGGCAGCAGGGGAGGAAGAUGGAGGGCUUGUCAAUGGUCACAACCGUGGAUGAGCUUGGUCAGAACGGGACACAAGAGGAGGUGAACCCUUCGGGACAACCUGGCGUGGAGGGASCCCCAGCUGUGCAGCCCUCUCAGGGCACAGAAACAUCUGGAGCCAUGCAGCAGGUGGAGAACGCCAGUGAGCCGCCCACCUCCGCAGGCGCCAAAGACAUCGACCUGCUUUUCCUGCGUGGAAUCAUGGAAAGUCCCAUUGCUCAUGAGCAGCAGGAGGAAGUGAAGCUGGAGGCGGUGCAGGAUAAUAAUGUGGAGCUGGUGACGGAGAUUCUGGGUGACAUCAAGAACCUCAUGGUGAAAGAUGACAGCGCCGCCGAACUGUCCAGGAUCCUCCAGGAGCCGCACUUCCAGUCUCUUAUAGAGGCUCACGACAUGGUGGCAUCAAAAUGUUAUGAAGUCCCUCCCCCGGCGGAGGCGUGCAACGAUGCAGCGGUGAACAAUGCUCUCAUGCAGGCCGAUGCCGUGCGCAUGAUCGGCAUCCGAAAGAAGGCCGGCGAGCCACUGGGCGUGACAUUUCGAGUGGAGAAAGACGACCUGGUCAUCGCGCGGAUCCUCCACGGCGGCAUGAUCGACAGGCAGGGUCUGCUCCACGUGGGCGACAUCAUCAAGGAGGUGAACGGGAAGGACGUGGGCAACAAUCCCACCGAGCUGCAGGAGAUGCUCAAAGACUGCAGCGGGGGGAUCACGCUGAAGAUCCUCCCGAGCUACCGAGAGGCCCCCGCGCCGCCACAGGUGUACGUGCGGCCGUACUUCGACUACGACCCGGCCAGCGACAGCCUGAUCCCCUGUCGGGAGGCGGGAAUGGCUUUCAAGAAAGGCGACAUCCUUCAGAUCGUCAACCGAGAGGAUCCCAACUGGUGGCAGGCUCGCCAUGUGGUGGGAGGUGCCACGGGACUUAUACCCAGUCAGUUUCUGGAGGAGAAGAGGAAAUCUUUUGUUCCAAGAGACUUUGAUGGAUCAGGAAUCCUCUGUGGCACUCUAGCUGCAAAGAAGAAGAAAAAGAUGAUGUAUCUAACAGCCAAGAAUGCAGAGUUUGACAGACACGAGUUACAGAUAUACGAGGAAGUGGCCAAAGUCCCUCCAUUCCAGAGGAAGACGCUGGUUCUGAUCGGUGCUCAGGGAGUGGGUCGGCGCAGCCUAAAGAACCGGCUGAUAGUCCUCCACCCCACUCGCUUCGGCACCACGAUACCAUAUACUUCCCGGAGGCCCCGCGACGAAGAGCUGAUCGGCAACUCCUACCACUUCACCUCGAGGACGGACAUGGAGGCGGACGUGAAGGCCGGCCGCUUCCUGGAACACGGCGAGUACGACGGCAACCUGUACGGCACCAAGAUCGACUCCAUCCACGAGGUGGUCACCGCAGGACGCACCUGCAUCCUAGAUGUCAACCCACAGGCCUUGAAGGUACUGAAAACGGCCGAGUUCAUGCCCUACGUGGUGUUCAUUGCAGCGCCUGAUUUUGAUACGCUCAAGGCCAUGCACCAAGCUGUGGUGGAUGCUGGCCUUACAACUAAACAACUCACAGAUGUGGACCUGAAGAAGACGGUGGACGAGAGCGCCCGGAUCCAGCGGGCGUACAGCCACUACUUUGACCUGACCAUCGUCAACGACAACCUGGAUAAAGCCUUCGAGACGUUACAGGCCGCCGUGGACACGCUGUGCAUAGAACCACAGUGGGUCCCGGUGAACUGGGUUUACUGAGGACCAGCACCGGAUUCUGUUGUUUCUGACCGCAAAGCCGGACAAAUCGGACAAGAGGGAGGAAAUACUACUGAAAAAACAAGAUAUGUAAUGAAAUCUGAUCGCUCUCUCUUCGUAGGCCUGCACACUGUGCAACUCCUUUUCUACGCAACACUCUAAGGAAAAGAGCACUUAUUUAUUUUAUACUUUUUUAAUGAAAGAUCUUUCUAUCCGAUGUGGGAUUCCAGGGAAUGAAACUAUUGUGAUGUAUUUGGACCAAAUGUUUCUUAAUUUAUUGUUGUCCUUCCAUACUUUUAUUUUGUAGUAAUGUUUUUCCUUCAGUCUUCCAUCCUUGAUGAGCAGAAUUCAUGAUUGCCCCCGAAGCUCAGCGUAAGAUCAAGGAAAGUCAAACGAUGAUGCAGUGUUUCCACGACUGAACACAUGUAGCUGUUCUUAUCUCCUGUUUGUUGAAUUAUUUAGUGUUUUUCUGUAGCUGGCCCUGAACUCUUCAAACGACAUCUUCCAGAAACAAAAUCCUUUUUUAUGGUCAAGAUCAAACCCUUUAUUUUGUCUAACAUUUUUACCAUUUUUUUAAUCAGUGUUGUGAUCUAUGGUGUGUGACCACAUGAUCCUGAGUUAUUUUUGAAUUUCCUGUUUGUCUUCAUCGUGUCAUUGACUGAUGUCUUCAGUUCUGUGAAUGUGGCACAAACCCAAGUCCAUGCCAAAGUCCUGCACCAAACUUUAAAAAAAGGUUUUAGAUCCACCGCUUUGAAAUAAAGUACCUUUUUGAAUGCUAAAAAGUAAAGUCUUCAGUUGGAAAUAUCGCUCUUUAAAAGAGGAAAUAUUGUGCAAAAUUCACUUUUUUUAGCCCUUAAAUACAUUUCGUGUACUUUGAGUCUCUGCAGAGAAGUUUAAUUUAAUCUUUUCUGGUGCUGUGUGGAUGUCUUUAUUCUGUUUGGGUCAUAUUUUUCAACCUGUUAAGUUUUCUUGAUUACGUUUUUUUUUUUUUUUUAAACAAUCUUGUCACAGUAUUCUCCUCUGGCUCCAACAUGUGACUGGAUGGAAAAGUCUUCAGUUGAUGAUCUUUUGAUUGAUUUGUAACUAAAUUUCUGUGCCACCACACUAUCAAACUGCAAAAAUGGUCAAAAUGAGUUUGGGUGGACAAUGAUCACUGGAAGGGGGCCUUGUUUGGAUUUAAAGAGACAGCCUCAUAACGAGUUGAUCCGAGAUAUCYCAUAAGAGGUGAAAGAGAGGCUUGUGGAGUAACGAGGAUUUCAGACCAAAGCGUUCCAGCUCCUCUUUAUAUAGACCCCAACUGAAUGAUUUAAAUGUGAAGAAGGAUUAAAAAACAAAUUGUCCCCUUUAAAUCUUUUAACACCAUUUUUGUUCUGGAACAUUCUUGCACUUUGGGAAGUUACCUCAUGAACAUUCUCUACAUUGUUGAAAUGUUCUUUCAUCAACCCCAUGUCUUUGUUUUUAACAUUUUUAUGAGGAAAUUGAGAAUUAAAGAUGUGACAAUAGUUUUUAA